AUGUCUUUACAAGAAAGUUCUAACGACGUUUUAUCACAAGAUCAAGACUCUCAAGUUGGUACCAUUAAUGCAAUAGUUCAAAUUCCAGGUCAAACUGAGAUCGUUCCUAGAAAAAUGAAAAGAGUUCGUUGGGAGUCUAUUAUAUUCUACAUUAUCCUUGCUAUGUUAUGCGGUUGGAACCUUUACUAUGCUAUCACUGGUGUUAGAGAUAGAUAUACUAAGACGGUUUGUUUGUACACUAUUUGUAUUUAUCUUGUUUUAACAGAAGCUUUACUUUUAAUGGCUCUUGGUAAAUGCAAUCCAGUUGUGGAUUCAAGAACAAGAAGAAUCUUCAAAUGGUUGUUGACAGUAGCUUCAUAUUGCAUCUUUAUGAUGUCAGUCUUUACUUUAAACUCCAUUGUCCCAAUUGAUCAAUCAAAUGAUAAUGCAUAA